GAAGGAAAGAGAUCCAGAAGUAACUCAAAUCCUUCUUGGUCUCUUUCUCUCUGGACAUUUUAUACCUUCAGUUGUUCGUCUCUUGGGAUCUCUACCUUUCAUAGACAAAAUGCCUCGCGGAACUCUUGAAGUUAACCUUGUCAAUGCCAAGGGUCUUAAAAACACAGAGAUUUUUGGUAAAAUGGACCCUUAUGUCGUCAUCACCUGCAAAAAACAGCAGAAAAAGAGCACGGUGGCAACAGCAAUGGGGUCCAAUCCAGAAUGGAAUGAGAGCUUUGUGUUCGGCGUCUCUGAUGAUGUCAAUGAACUCCAUGUGAUGAUAAUGGACAAGGACACUGGGAGCAAGGAUGACUUUGUGGGAGAAUUAACUAUUCCACUGAAAACUCUCUUUGUGGAAAAGAGGCUACCACCAAUGAAGUACAGUGUCCUAAGGAACAAAAAGUACCAUGGGGAGAUUAAACUUGGCCUCACCUUCACUCCUGCGGUACACAAUGAUCGGGAUUUGGACUUCGUAGGCGGAUGGAAGGAGUCCUCCAGCAGCUAUGGUUGAUGGAACGAGUCGACUUGCUAGGAGUUCUAUGUACUUUAAAUGCCUUGGCUUAGGAGAUUUAAGGGUUCCAUUGCUAAUAAUAUGUGAUUUCCCAUUAAAAAAAAGACAGUAUAUAUUCCAUUUUUGAGAAGUUCUUUU